AUGCCCGAAUCGUCCACAGGCCCUCCUAAGCCUAGAAAACCCCGGCCUUCUCGAGCGCGAGGCUUGCGCACAACUACUGGUUGCCUCACCUGUAGACGAAGAAGAGUCAAAUGUGACGAGCAACGGCCUCGUUGUGCAACAUGCACCAAAUCCGACAGGGAGUGCCUGUAUUCUUCACCAAACGACACUCCGGGUGCAAACAGCACUGCAUCCGGCUCAGUACAGUCUGCGACGUCGCCGGCACAUGAUGAUGCGUCGGUGGCUACCACAUCGCCAAACCCGGCCAGGCGCCUCAUCCCAAGUGACAUGGAUCCUAUGCUCUUCAAAAAUUCACCCGAACUUUUGUUCGACUCGCCCUCUACUAUCCUCAACUCUUUGCCAUCUCCCAAUUCUGCACCCUUGGCCUACUACGACCUGCUUGCGGAAGAUGCCAUCAACAACAUUGACAAAUACAAUCUCAAUGUCGACCUUGAUAGGGACCCCUUCUCGCGCCGCUCAAGCCCCAUGCCAGGGGCAACACCAGAGUCAUCAAAUAUUGACCCACAGCUUUACACACCUGAGCAUCUAGGAGGACCCGAGUCUGUAGUGCAUGAGGAAUGGAACACUACCGAGGUUAUACCUCUGUCAGAUAAUGAGCUUGUGCUAUUAAAACACUACGUCAGCGUAAUCGGGCCCAUACUGGAUUUGAUGGAUCCCUCGAGGCAGUUUACUGUAACGGUUCCUCCCCUAGCCGUUCACAACGUGGGCCUUUUGAAGUCUCUGCUGGCUGUGUCGGCACGACACAUGGCACUCUUGAGCGAGCCACAACUGCACCGACUCAAUCUGGAUGACUCUACGUCAGACAAUGACAAUAGCUCUGCAUACCUCCGCAGUCCCCUGAUACAAGCUGCAACACAAUACUACUACGAGACCCUCCAUUACCUCUCAAAGAAUCUCUUCUACCCAUCAUAUUCGAAAUCAAGAGAGAUUAUAGCAACAUCCAUUCUUAUAAGCACGUACGAGAUGUGGGACGCAGAAGGCCAGUACAGCAAUGGGGCAUGGGAAAGACAUCUCCGUGGUAUAUUUUGGAUACAAAGAAGUCAAAACAACAAUGGAGAGUGCAGAGAUCCACUCAGAAGAGCCGCUUGGUGGCAAUGGUUGCGCCAAGAUAGUUGGGUUGCUUUACGUGAAGGGCGAAGGGUACUUACCAUAUGGAGACCUACCAAGCGGCUGAUGGACCUAAGCGCAGACGAACUUGCCUUGCGCAUACAGUAUAUUUGUGGGCGCUGUGUAGACUUUGCCGCUAAUGAGAAAAAGUAUGAUAUGAGCACGCGCAUCGACCAAGGCGCGAAGCUACUGCAAGCACUCGAAGAUUGGUACAGGGUGCUUCCGCGCGCAUUCCAUCCCAUUCAUCGGGGAACACCUGAGCCAGGCGCGUUAUUCGCACCAAUCUGGAUACAUCCUCCGGCGUAUGCAGCCGCAAUUCAAGCAUUCCAUGUUGCUCGAAUCAUUGUUCUUGUCAACCAGCCUUCAAUGGGAGGCAUAGACGAGUUCCGGAUUCGACAGCGAUUCCUGGAUGAGAGUGUUGAGACAAUCUGUGGUAUCGCGAUGCUGGAUCAUCAAGGAAAAGAUCUUCCGAGCGCGAUGAUCAACUGCCAGGCCCUAUAUGCUGCUGGUCUAUGCGUUCAGAACCCCGUCAAGCAGACAGCCAUCCUCCGUCUCUUGGAUCAGAUACUUGACAUUACCAAGUUUCCACCAAAGACAUUACUCGACGAUCUGGCCAACUACUGGCGGGCUGAGUCAUGA